AUGAUUAUUCCACACGACAUUUCAGGACUGGGCAAUGUGCGGCUGGCGGUCGCGUUGCCCAUCUUCCUAGUUGCCCUGGGAGUUUUCCGUCUCAUCUCGAGGAUGGUUUACAACAUUUACUUCCACCCCCUGAAGGACUACCCGGGCCCAAAACUCCAUGCCGCCACGCGCAUCCCACUCAGCCGAAUGAGCACCAGCGGCAAGGCCCACGAGAUAUUAGCAGAGCUGCACAAACAAUAUGGUCCUGUGGUCAGGCUUGGCCCGGAUACGAUCGACUGGGCUGACCCGCGCGCCUUCAAAGACCUGAUGGGCCACAGCAAGGGCGGCGGCGGCGUGGAGAACUACAAGGACCCCAUCAAUGCCAGAUACAAGCCGCACAGCAUCAUCAACUCCAAGCGUGAGGAUCACGCACGCAUGCGCCGGGUCCUGGCCCACGGGUUCUCUGCGCAGGCUAUGGUCGAUCAGCAACCUCUCAUCCAAUCCCAGAUCGACUUGUUGAUUCGUCGACUUCACGAGAACUGUGAAGAUGGAGGCAAGGCGCUGAAUAUGGUCUCGUGGUAUAAUUGGACGACGUUUGACAUCAUUGGCGACCUGGCCUUUGGUGAGCCGUUUGGUUGUCUCGAAAACUCGGACUACCACCCUUGGGUGGCAAUCAUAUUCGACAACAUCCAUGCCGGUGUAUGGCGAAAUCAGUUCCAGAGGUAUUGGAUCACACGUCCAUUUGCGAGAUGGUUGAUCCCGACGGAGUUGAAGAACAAGAUAAAGUUCCACAACGAAAUGAGCAUGGAGAAGGUUCAGCGUCGCAUGGCACUUGGCGAGUCGAGGCCAGAUUUUGUCCAGUCUAUGAUGAUGAAGGAAGGCCCUUUGGCCAUGUCCAAGGCGGAAAUCGAGCAAACCGCAGACACCUUGAUCAUCGCCGGCUCAGAGACUACGGCAUCGGUGCUCUCAGGGGUGACCUACUUCCUCACUACGCACCCCGAAGCCAUGGCCAAAUUGGCACACGAAGUCCGCACAUCGUUCAGCGCGGAACGAGAAAUCGACGUUCUCAGUGUCCAAAAACUCCGUUACAUGCUGGCAGUUCUUGACGAGAGUAUGCGCGUUUACCCAGUCGUUCCGAUGGGUCUUACCCGAGUUGUAAAGCCAGGCGGCGACUACGUUUGCGAGAGAUACGUGUCUGAAGGGACGCGAGUGAUGGUUUCCCAGUGGCCCAUGUAUCGCAACGAGAAGUACUUUGCGGAGCCCAACUCCUUCAUCCCUGAAAGAUGGCUUGGGGAUGCUCGGUUCGAGAAUGAUGAUAGAGCGGCACUCCAGCCCUUUUCCUUUGGUCCUCGGAAUUGCAUUGGCCGAAACUUGGCAAUGUCGGAGAUGCGAGUAAUUCUUGCCAGAGUCAUUUGGAACUUUGACAUGCAGAUUGCAGAUGACAGCAAGAACUGGACGGAUCAGCAAUUGUUUGGCUUGUGGAAGAAAGGUCCGUUGAAUGUGAGACUGACGCCUCGAAAGCUGGAGUGA